AAAAAAGCAUAAGAUGGGAAUGAGAUGACAGCGCAAUAAUAAACGUCUUGUUUUCCCCUGUGUGUCAAACGCAGGAAGUGCACAGACAGAGAGAGGCGCCUUUUCUGAGCUCAUGUCGUCAGGCCAACAUUAGCUAUCACAUCCAGUAGGCCGACACUGGUUUAAGCCCAAAUAAGCAUUCAUUUUAUAUCAAAAGCAAACCACGUCACCAGAAAUUCACCCGUUAAGCUGAAUUAUACAACAUGGCUACUAAAAAGAAGCGAACUCUUAAUGUACAAAAUGACAGUUGGGUUGUCAUUGCCGCAGACUCUGUCAUGGACAGACACAAGCACGAGAGUGACCCAGCUUUUGUGCGACUAAGGAAUCCAUCUACAGAUGUGGCAUCUCUGUAUAUGCUGAGUAGUGAUGAUGUACAGCUUUUUGAGGUCAAAGCAUUUGAAGAAGAUUUCCACUCCUGGUUUGUUGGCCAGACUGUGCAGAGAGAUGGGAGACUUCUCUUUGUAACACUAAUGGAUCCUCUUUAUCUGAUUUUGCCCUAUUUGAUUAAAUCUGGCAGAGAGGGGAAGUUCCAGCCUGUGGAUCAAGUUGUUAUGGAUGAGGAAUUCCCAGCUUGCUCAAGGCUGCUGAGCUGCACACGUUCCCUGGCCUCCCUGCACCACAUUGCCGAGGAAAAAGAGGUGGGAAAACUGAAGUACCAUCGAUACAGUCAAGAGAAGACGAUGAACUGGUUGAAGAAAAAGGUGGAGAGGACAGUCAUUGCGCUCAAAGCGAGAAAUAUCUCUGUAGGAGAAGGAGUGAAAUCCUCAACAUACGUCAGAGUGAAGUCAGAGUCAGACUACGAUGAGGAGGACUACCUACGUUAUGCCCAUGGCCUGAUAUCAGAGUACAUCAGUGAAGACCUGAGCAAAGCCCUCCUCAAACACUUGAAGUUACCAGAGCUCACAAGCCCAAAGGAGACAGAACCUCCUUCCAAAAAGCGGAAACUUUCAGACAAACCGGUGGAGGCUGGAGAGGACUACACUAAAUUCAACAGUGCAGACUUUGUGCGGAAACCGCUCAAGAAGAUGACUGCUGCUCAGAAAACUCUGGCUAAGGUAGACAAGACUGGCAUGAAGACUAUGUCAUCCUUCUUCAGCCCCAAGGUCAAAGCAGAAAAGAAAUGAAUGUUGUAUAGUUUCUGGUUUUGUAUGUGAUGCAUUUGUAAUAAAGAAAAGAAAAUGUA